ACUCUGUGUAAAAAGAUGCAAGAGAGCUUUGCAGCGGUCGGAGGAGUGUUUGGAGCUGUCUGUUUCACUUUAUUCCCGGUCCCAUCUGACCUCUAACCCCUGUCUCUAAGUGAUGGGGACAGGAUGAUGGCGGCUCGGGGUCUGUGCCGUGAGGAGGUGAACGAUAUAGUGGCUCUGGCUCUGCGCUCUGGUCUCAGUGAGCGCGACAUCGCGCAGUUGCCGUCGGUGCAGAAGUUGCUGGGAGGCCGAGGCCGGGCCUCGUCGCCGUGCCACGGGCUGCUGCUCCUUCUGGUGGUGCUGCUGUUGCUGCUGGGCCUGGGCGGCCCGCUGCGCCGCUCAGCGUUGAGCCUGUGGUUCCGACUACACGGUUCCUCAGUGGAGAACGAGAUUUGUGUCUUGGGGUUCUCCGACUUCCCCAACCCCUUCCGCCGCCCCUUGGACUGCCGCGUCUGCAGCAACAUCACCGCCGUCGACAGGAAGAGCAACCUAAGCCAUGAGGAGUUUCUGCGGGCCUACGCCUACUCCAUGCAGCCGGUGGUGGUGGAGGACGGUCAGAGGAACUGGUCCGCCAGGGAAGUCUUCAGCUUCGAGUUCUUCUCCCAGAUCUACAGUAGCGGCAGCAGCGCCCUGGACAACAGCGGCAGUGAAUGUCAGUUCUUCCCCUACGACACGGAGUUUCACAAUUUAAGGGAUGUUUUCGGGAUGGAGGCCGGUCGCGCUGGCAUGCACAGCAAUGCCAAGCCUUGGUAUAUUGGGUGGAGUAACUGUGAUUCCAGUGCAGCUAGUAUUUUGAGGCAGCACUACAAGCGGCCAUAUUUUAUCCCAGCUAUCUCUGAAUCAAGCAAAAUGGACUGGAUAUUCAUGGGAGUGCCCGGGCAUGGAGCCCAUAUGCAUAUUGAUGAUGUAGAUAAUCCAUCCUGGCAGGCCCAGAUCAGGGGCAUCAAACACUGGAAGCUGGAACCCCCUGCAGAAUGCUACUAUGAAUGCUCUUCACUGGAAGCCAUUGUGUACCCUGGACAAAUAAUUGUGCUGGACACAAAUAAAUGGUUUCAUGAAACACACAUUUUGGGAGAAGAACUCAGUAUUACAAUUGGUUCAGAAUAUGACUGAGCUCUGCAAGAUCAAACCUCGGAAAAAGAAACUCAGCGCCAUAUUGUUAUGGCAUUAAAGGAACAUUGGAAAAACGCUGCGGGAUUCUGUGUGCAUUGGAUAACAAUUCACAUCACCUCAAAUGGUGAUUAACAGAAGUGACUAUUGUGCUCUCAGCUGGAGGUCUUUUUAGGAAUGUUCAUUGUUUGGGAGUUCAAGGAUAUAAGCAUUACUUCUGCAUAAAGACAGACUGGAACCAAGGAUGACCAGGCAGGUGUCUGUAUUUUCUGGGAAUACUCACAUAGACAGUGCUCCAUCCAAAUUCACUUCUAGUUAUCAAAAUGUUACCUUAUUUUCCCUCACUUAGAAUCCAGCUGGGUGGUUUGUACAGUUCAAUGGAUUGUAAUCGUUUCUCUUAUUUACCUGUAGCUGCUAUAUUCUUGCAGUUAACAUAUUCAAUAGCUUUCUCCCGAAGACAUUGGUGUCGAUUUUCUAUGCAAACAGUUCUCUUUAAUGCUCUGUUCCUGCCAGGUUCUCAUAACCCAGAUGAAAGAUGAUAUAUCUUUUUCCAGCUUUGGCUUACAGUGAGUUUAUAGUCUCCAGAUCAUUGUUUCAUCUUAAAAGGAACAGUUUCAAAUUAGUCUGAUAGGAUAAAAAAAGCAUUUUUUCACACUUUCCUCUUUGUAACAGCUAUAUUGAAAUUGAAAAGUGGCAGAUGUGAAUACAUCAGGUAUUUUCAUGAUCAACUUUGCAAUUGGAGUUAACCUAUCAAAAUAUUUGUUACUCAGUUUUAGAAAUAUAUGUGAAUGUGAAGAAUAUUAGCCAGAUUUUACUCAGUAGGUACAAUUGAAGUUAUGCAAUAAUGGAAAAAUUAAUGACAUUAGCAUCAUACCAAGAACGUGUACUUUGCACACCCUGAGAGAUGAGUUAUGUGACUCACUGGAUCAACUGGAUAUUGUGACACAGUCGCACAGUCUUAAGGUCCCAGGUUUGAGUGUUCACUGAAGUAGAAUUGGUGACUUAUGACAUUAUCCUAUGCUUUAAAAAAGUGUAAUGUCUACAUUAAUUGUCAGGUUUGGAUGGCAUCCUCAAAACACAUAGUCAUUUCACAUUUGCUUGGGAUCUCCUUACUGGAUUCUGUAAUGUCUGUCUUUAUAUAAAUUUAUUCUAUAAAACAAAGGAGUUUUUAUUCACCUUUGUAUUUACUGUUACUUUGUAAAUAGUACAUUUUUAAGUACACCAAGUUCAAAUUAAAGGAGGCUGAAUAACGGUAACAGGAAAGGAACAUGUUGGAAACAGACAACAUGUCAUGCAACAUCUUUGGAGAGAAACAGUUAUAUUUUACACUAAUAUUAGUCCAUCAGAACUUUAAUUGCAGAGUGUUAAUCUUAAUUGCACUUUUGUCUCUAAAUACCUCGUGUUUUUUUUACAGGAAUGACAUUCCAAUUACUACCGUGUUUAUAAUGGAUAACAUAUUUGUAUGUGGUUUAAAGGUUUACUGUUGUUGUUAGAAAUUCAGAUAAUUAUCUUGAUAUUCAAUAUUCAUGUCUAUUGGCACAUUAAUUUUGUAAGUUACU